GUCAUUUCCUAUGAAGGAUGCACUGCCCAAGUCUUAUUCAGUGCAGAGGAUUCCCUUCUCACCAUUAUGGCCUAGGACUGCUAUGUUGCUAUCUGCAAAUCCCUGCACUACAGCACGCUCCUGGACAGCAGAGCUUGUGCUGCCAUGGCAGAAGCUGCCUGGUGCUCGGUGUUUCUCAAUGCCACGUUGCACACUGCUCAUGUAAGUUAGCACUCCAUCUGCCAAGGCAAUGCUCUGGGCCAGUUCUUCUGUGAAAUCCUCCAGAUCUUCAAGCUCUCCUGAACAGACGCUUAACUCAGGGAAGUGUGGCUUCUUAUUUUUACUGCCUCUUCAGCAUUUGGGUAUUUUGUUUUCAUUGUGGUGUCUUAUGUGCAGAUCUCAAGGAUUGUGUCAAGGAUGCCCUUUCAGCAGGGACAGCACAAAGCCUUUUCCAUGUAUCUCCCUCACUUGGCUGUUGUCUCCCUUUCUGUUGUCACUGACAUGAUUGCUUGCCCAAAGCCCAAAGCCUCUAUCUCUUCUCUGGACCUGGUCUUGGCAGUUCUGUACUCACUGUUGCCUCCAGCACUGAACCCUCUCAUCUACAGCAUGAGGAACCAGGAGCUCAAGGUUGUAGUGUGGAAACUACAUGGAAAGCAUCAACAAGGAGGCCUGCCACUGCAACUGCGAAUAAAAUCUUCUUUAUCAGAGAUACCGUCCUCGUAA